AGGAAAGAGCAAGAGCACACGGGAGAGCAAGCAAGCUUGACAUGUGGAGCAAACUGAGCAGACAUAACAGCAGCUCUACAUACUGACAGGGAGCUAAAGGUGAUCUGGUUUCUGCCACACUGGAGAUGUCGAUAACAUCACAAAUGGAUCUACCUGAAGAGAUUCAGCAUCCAUAUGCAAAAUUUUCUGAAUGGAAAUUCAAGCUGUUUAAAGUGAGACCAUUUCAAAAAGCACCUUCUGAUAAAAGCCAAUGCAUAAACAAGGAUCAAGAACAAGAGGUAGCUUCUACAGACAAAAACAUCGUACUGCAUAAAGAUGAAGAAGUUCCAAGAGGAGAAAAGUUAAUUCUGACACAGAUGGACUUCAUGGGCAACACGCAAGCACUUGAGAAAGAUGUCAAUGACAUGAAAAUACAAGACAACACAAUUCACCAGAACAACCUGAAGCAACUUUGCCGCAUCUGUGGAGCUUCAUUUAAAACUGAUUGCUACAAGAGAACUCAUCCAGUACAUGGACCAGUAGAUGAUGAAACUCUGUGGCUUCUGAGAAAGAAAGAGAAAAAAGCAACCUCUUGGCCAGAUCUUAUUGCAAAAGUUUUCAAGAUUGAUGUGAGAGGGGAUGUUGACACUAUCCAUCCCACUCGAUUUUGUCACAACUGCUGGAGUAUUAUCCACAGGAAAUUCAGUAAUACUCCAUGUGAAGUUUAUUUUCCUAGGAACAGCACGAUGCAGUGGAAGCCCCACUCUACAAACUGUGAAGUGUGCCACGCUCCCAGCCGGGGAGUCAAGAGAAAAAGCCAACCAUCCAAUGUAAUACAUGGCAAACGUGUGAAAAUCAUUGCAGAACGUGCUCGAGUUAACAAAGGCAUAAAGAAUCAAGUGCUGAUAAAUAACAAAAAGGUAAUGAAAGAGAUUACCAACUGCAAGAACAGACAUCUCAGCACCAAGCUUCUUGCAGUUGAUUAUCCAGCAGAUUUCAUUAAAUCCAUCUCUUGCCAGAUCUGUGAGCAUAUUUUGGCAGACCCAGUGGAAACAACAUGUAGACACUUGUUUUGCAGAGCUUGCAUUCUCAGUUGCAUCAAAGUUAUGGGCAGCUAUUGCCCCUCCUGCUGGUAUCCUUGUUUCCCUACUGAUCUGGUAACCCCAGUGAAAUCCUUCCUGAACAUCCUUGAUAGCCUGAGCAUAAGAUGCCCUGUACCAGAAUGUGAUGAAGAGAUCUUGCAUGGAAAAUAUGGCCAACACUUCUCUAACCACAAGGAGAUGAAAGAUAAAGAGCUCUAUAACCCCAUAAAUAAAGGUGGUCGACCAAGGCAGCAUCUUCUGUCUUUGACCAGAAGAGCUCAGAAACAUCGUCUGAGAGAACUGAAACGUCAAGUCAAGGCUUUUGCUGAGAAAGAAGAAGGUGGUGAUAUAAAGGCUGUAUGCAUGACUUUGUUCCUGCUAGCUUUAAGAGCAAAAAAUGAGCACAAGCAAGCAGAUGAAUUGGAGGCUAUAAUGCAAGGCAAAGGAUCUGGACUUCAUCCUGCUGUUUGCCUGGCAAUCCGAAUCAACACAUUUCUCAGCUGUAGCCAAUAUCACAAAAUGUACCGAACUGUAAAAGCUGUCACUGGGAGGCAGAUUUUCCAGCCACUGCAUGCUCUUCGCACUGCCGAGAAAGCCCUCUUACCAGGUUAUCAUCCUUUUGAAUGGAAACCUCCAUUGAAAAAUGUAUCCACUAACACAGAAGUGGGAAUUAUAGAUGGACUAUCAGGACUACCCCUCUCGAUUGAUGACUACCCAAUAGACACAAUUGCAAAGAGAUUUCGAUAUGAUACAGCCUUGGUUUCUGCUUUAAAGGACAUGGAGGAAGAAAUCUUGGAGGGCAUGAAGGCAAAAAAUCUGGAUGACUAUCUGAAUGGUCCCUUCACUGUGGUAGUAAAAGAGUGCUGUGACGGAAUGGGAGAUGUCAGCGAGAAGCAUGGAAGUGGUCCUGCGGUCCCAGAGAAGGCUGUACGCUUUUCAUUUACAGUCAUGAACAUUGCUAUAGACCAUGGGAAUGAAAGGAUAAGGAUCUUUGAAGAAGUAAAGCCCAAUUCAGAGCUGUGUUGCAAACCCUUGUGCCUUAUGCUGGCUGAUGAAUCAGACCAUGAAACUCUGACAGCAAUCCUGAGCCCUCUCAUAGCAGAAAGAGAAGCUAUGAAGAACAGUGAACUGCUUCUUGAAAUGGGAGGCAUCCUGAGAACAUUCAAAUUCAUCUUUCGAGGUACAGGCUAUGAUGAGAAACUUGUAAGGGAAGUGGAAGGGCUGGAGGCCUCAGGUUCCACUUAUAUCUGUACCCUCUGUGAUGCAACCCGCCUAGAGGCCUCUCAGAAUUUGGUCUUCCACUCCAUCACCAGGAGCCACGCUGAAAAUCUGGAGCGAUAUGAAAUAUGGAGGUCCAACCCAUAUCACGAAUCUGUUGAUGAGCUCCGUGACAGAGUGAAGGGUGUUUCAGCCAAACCUUUUAUAGAGACUGUUCCCUCCAUUGAUGCAUUGCACUGUGACAUUGGCAACGCAACAGAAUUUUACAGAAUUUUCCAGAUGGAGAUUGGUGAAGUCUAUAAGAAUCCUGAUGCAUCUAAAGAGGAAAGGAAGAGGUGGCAGUUGACUCUUGACAAACAUCUCAGGAAGAAGAUGAAAUUAAAACCUAUGAUGAGGAUGAGUGGGAACUUUGCUAGGAAGCUCAUGUCCAGAGAAACAGUAGAGGCAGUGUGUGAAUUAAUAAAGUGUGAGGAAAGGCAUGAAGCCCUAAAAGAACUAAUGGACCUUUAUCUGAAAAUGAAACCAGUAUGGCGAUCUUCGUGCCCUGCCAAAGAGUGUCCAGAAUUGCUGUGCCAGUACAGCUACAAUUCACAGCGUUUUGCUGAGCUCCUGUCUACAAAGUUCAAAUACAGAUAUGAGGGCAAGAUUACCAAUUAUUUUCACAAAACCCUUGCUCAUGUACCUGAAAUCAUUGAAAGAGAUGGGUCCAUUGGUGCUUGGGCAAGUGAAGGAAAUGAGUCUGGAAACAAACUAUUCAGGAGAUUCCGAAAAAUGAAUGCCAGGCAGUCCAAAUUCUAUGAAAUGGAGGAUGUCUUAAAGCAUCACUGGCUAUAUACUUCUAAGUACCUCCAGAAGUUCAUGAAUGCUCAUAAAACGUUAAGAAGUCAGGGCUUCGUGAUUGAUCCAGACGAUGGGUCAGGUGAUUCUUUGCCACCGGAGAUCUCUUUGGAAAGCAGUGAUUCAGUGGAACUCUAAAUGUAAAAUACAUUUGGUGUUGGGUUUGUGAUACUCCCUCUGAGUGGAGACAGCUUCCUUUUCAGGCCUCUAGAGGUACAGGGAAGAUUGAAGCUUUCAUUUUUAUACUCCCUUUUAAAGGUGCUGAAUGGAAUUUAAUGAAAUGCCAUGUCUGUUGGAAGCUUUGAACAGAAGCAAUGCAGUGGUACAUUUACCAGUUGUUAUGUGAGAGGGAAGUGGAAACAAAUUGCAAAGAAGGACCAUGAAUUUAUUUUGGUCUCAGAGUGUUGUUUAUAAGUGAGAAAGACAAAGUAAACAAGGUUUUAUAUAGAACAGUAUUUUGGAAUGAAUAUAAUACUGGAAAGUUAUGACACUUGCUGAAAAAUUGAGAAUGGCUAUUUGUUCUGUUUGCAUUUUAUGAGCUAUUUUGCUAUUUACUUUUCAAGAGGGUUUGAUUAUUUUAUUGAUGGCUUUUCGGCUUUUAUAAGUCAAGAUUCGCCAGUGAUAUAGUUAGGUAAUUGUUUUGGGAUGAACAAAGUUUGGGUAUUUUUACACAAUAUACUGACUAAAGAUACAAACUUUGAUCUCAAACAUUUAAAACAUUUAAUGUUUAGGUUGUAGCUCUGCUUAGGAGCAGGUGGUGGUAUCAGUAAUAUCAUGCUGAUUUACUAUAUGAAGAUAAAAGAAGGGUAGCUAUAAUUUUUUAAAGAUAUUUUUAUUGUAGCACAUUUACUCUAAAAUGCAAACCUGUGCUUGUGCACCUAAAUCGGCAUUACAGUGUCCUGUGCUCUCACCAUACAAAGCACAUUUAAGCUCUGCUGUGCAGCUUGUUGCUUCAUACAAAUUUUAGAUUUUGAUGGUGACUUCAUUAUGUGGCAUACUUGUACCAAUUUAAUCUUACUGGGUAAAUUCCUGGCCUUACUGAAGUCACCACUAAAUUGUCGUUGAAUGCAAGCUCACAAUUUCACCAGGUGACAAAAAGUCAUAGCAGACCCAUUUUUCAGGAGAUGGAUGUUAACUUUAUCAGGUACAUGUCAGUGUUCUGGUCUUCUCUAUUAAAUAGUUCCGUUACCAUUUCUGAUAUGCUCUAACUCUAUCUAAUACUGAGCUUUUUCUCAUCUAGGAAAUGUCACUUAUUUCAUUUUCUAGAUACGUAAAAUGGGAAGAAUGAUGUUUAUUAACCUGAAGGAUAGUUUGCAUAAAGGCAUAGUGAAAAGAACUAUUAGCUGCCUUGAAAUUACUGUAUAGUGUAUUUUACAUUAUUACAACAAUAUUUAGUUAGCAUUCCUCGUAUUUUAAACCUUCGGGAGCACCAUUAUGUUGGUAGUAUUUGCCUUUCUGAAGUGUUAUUGCUAUAUGACUGAAAGCUGCUUAGAUCAGAUGAGAUUGCACCAGUAGCUCUUGUGGAUAACGUUGGUUAAAAUGGAUAAAAGGAUUUAAAAGUUAAUGUGUGUAAACCAUGAGAUUUGGAAACUAAAUUAUUUCUGGACAUAUCACCAGUGCAGAUGAACAAGUCUAGACCUUCAUUCUGCAGUGUUCAAACACAAGCUUAAAUUCAAGUGUGUGACUCAACCACUGAAUGCAUGCAUGCAUACAUAAUGUAAGCAUUUAGUGGUAGCUUACAUCUAAAAAAAAAAUUAAAUGUUAAAAUUAUGUGGAUUUUAUUCAGUGACAUAGGCAAGAAAUAUACUCAGAAAUAUCUGAGAUAUCCCUAAGUCACCCAGCCUUUCACAUUAGUACCUGUAGCUAGGGCACAACUGUGUCUGAAGAAAUACUUCAGAAACAAGAUUAAAUGCACAAAGAAUCAAAAGCACGGAUCUAAAAAACCCACACUUUGUGUUUUUAUUUUUAUGUGGCAGGAGUUGGUUUGUGAGUGUAAGGGAACAACAAACUUGAAGGACUACUGGUCUGAGGUUUCUGUUAGUAAUGUCUUGCUCUUGUUACUUACUAAAUCUUUGAGGGUCUGGUAUUUACUAUUUAUGAAUUAUGAAGAAAUAGUGCUAAGUGUUGGUAGCAAGUAUAAAAAUUAAUCAUAUUCUGAUAAUGCCUUUCUUUUGAUUAUUUUAAAUCCCAUUUUAAGGUAGUUUGUAACUUAGGAUUUAGUUUUAAUAGUGUUUUUUUAAAUAUAGUUUAACACUGUGUCAAAAUUUGAGGCUAGAAAUAAUGUCUUUUGCUUACAGCACUUCAUUUUCUAAGCAGUCACAAGAACAGCAGUCUUUUGUAUGGUUUACCAUGUACAUCUGCACUUACUGAGUGUUCAUUUCUACACUAAAUUAUUUCUUUCAGUUCUUUGAAUAAAACAAGUACUUCCCAUAGAGCAUAAAUGCCAGGUUUACAUAAGUAUCAUUUUUUACUAAUAAAUGCAGACAAGUACAACUGUUUCCCAUGGAGUAUAAGUACCAGCAGUAUGGCAAAGAAUAUACUUUAGCAGUAAAUGCAGGCACGCUUUGUAUUUUUGGUACACUAUAUUUCAUUAUGCAAAUAGUUGCACACUUUUUUGUUCAGUUGUAUACCUAUUUAGGGCAAUUGUAUUACCUUAGUUUUCAUUCUUCCUCUGCUUGGAUAGCCUAAGGCAUAGUUUAAUAGUCCUGACUGAGCUCAUGGUGAUUUUCACCUCAUUUAAGUGGUAUAUGUUGCUUUUGCACAAGAGUGAAUUUCUCACAGAAAUAAUCUCAACCUGUUUCUCACACUGCAUACGCACCACUGGAGACCAGCCAGACUUUGGUCAUUUUGCACACAUAAUCUCAGUGAUUUCACUGACAUUUUCAAAUUCCAAAUUAACACGCUGCUUACAUAAGAGCAAGCGAUUUGUCCCGCUCCAUUCAAAAGAAUUGGGUACAUUUCAUCCAUAUAUGUCUGAUUUCUCACUAUGAACUCAUGAACUCAUCAGGCUGAACAGUGCAUGGGCUGGGACACAGGCAGGCAGGAGGAUAAGGAAGUAUUCCUUUGUGAAAUACUAUGGAGCCAUCAAAACACAUUUCACAUCCCACCAGCUAUGGGCAGAACAAUUGACACAGGUGAUUGUUAAUAUUUUCUUUAUCCUUUUCUUUAGGCUUGGAUCUACUUUAAUCUUUUUUUCCCUGUUGUUGACAUUCUGUGUAAAUCAAAAGACUCUUCGAGAGUUUUGAACUCAUUAAAACAAACAGAACUGAAAGGGUAGGUACCUGCAAGUGGGGCUUUGUAAACAGGAAUAAAAUAACAAUGCUGCAUGCAUCCCAGAGAAAACACAUUUUGACUGCAGACAGGCGCAUCAUUUGUUUACUCAGCCCAUUGUUAAGCUUUUUGGUUUUGAAGAGGCUUUAGAAAAGUGGAGACGCUUUUAUUCAUGGUACUCUCUCAAACCUUCAGAUUUUCUACGCUAAUACUUUGUAAAAAUCUGUCAGUAAUUACUUCAAGGUGAAUGCUUUUCCUUUUUUGAAAGUUUAUUGACUGUAUUCUGUAUACAAUGACAUUAUGUAUCUUGUUUUGUUAGUUUUAUUCAAGGGCUUCAGACUACGAAUUGCCUUGUUAUGAAAUGAUGUGAAUAUAAGAGGAGUCUUGACUGUGGUCUCACAUGUUUUGUCCUCACAGGAAUAAUGCUAUUGACUCUAAGCAAAGCAGCGCUGACUUUUACUCA